AUGUCUAUCGCGAUGCUCUCAACCGAGCUACUACAGAGGAUAUACGAAUACUCUGACUUGAUUGAUAUCCUCCAUCUAUCCCAGACUUCCAAAAGAAAUUACAAUGCGCUGCGUGGACGACGUUUACCCCUCCUAAGACAAGCCUUGGAUGAUGAAUACGGUCCAAUACCUAGUUUGGUGAAGUUGGUAAUAAGCGAUGAUUCAACCAAAGGUAAUAGUGUUAUCGGCACAGAAAAACGUCGAAAUGCUACCCUGGAUCGUAUUCUACAAGUUCCAAGUGAGCCCUACCUUUCUGUCCAGCUACUAAGCAAGAUGGUUACGCUUGGCAGAGUUGCGUCCAGAUGGGUCGAGAUAUUUCCACAGUUUAGAUGGCGCCUUGAUUACCAAAACAGGAGAUUUCUAUGGCCCCAUGAGCAGAGGCGGUUACGGCGGGCUGUCUACAAUUAUUGGACUUACAGCAAUCUAUUUCAUGAUGAUAUCUACACCAAAUUCAACCCUGAUCCUCCAUCUGGCCGCUCUGCUAGUUGGUGGAACCCUGCUCCUCCUCCACCCGAUAUCAGUUCUGAUCCUCGCCUUCGUCUGAUACAAUCAUUUACCACAAUUGAGAUCGUGCAGCUUAAUGAAUUUCUACAGCAUGUGGUCAAGCUUAUCGAGCUAGAUCUUUAUCCUUCAGACUCAACCAUACAAGCUCAACAUAAUUUUACGUCCAAAGCGGUUGAGAAGAUCGCUUGGGGAGAUGGAGGUCAGUAUCGAUUUCUUGUGAAAAAUCUUCUUCGAUAUAAUCCUUUGGAUCUCGUCUACCUCUACGACCAAACCUUUACCAAAUUGGAAAGAGCAGAAUAUAUGCAUGCACGAGGCCUUGGUUUUGGCAUCAAUAUCAAUGCUCCGGCAACUUUAGACGAUGCCAUAGCCUUUAUUAUUGAGAGAAGACCACGCAGUGAUAUCGCAUAUACGACACAUCAUUUCCACCAUGUGAUGUAUCAAUCUCGCAAUUUGUGUAUACAGGGAGAAAAUGUGAGGUUUGGCAUAGCUCACGAGGAGCAUUAUUCGAGGGAUCACCCAUUCAACAAUGAUGGGGCGAUUAUUCUCUCGACUGAUGAACAUGAGUAA